AUUCUUGAAAUUUUGCUAUCAUUUGCUAUUUUCUUUGCGUUCAUCGACGCUUAACAAGCUGCUUAUUGUGAAGAUUCGCUAAAAGAUGCUCUCAAUUUCUUCGGAUUACUAAGUUCCAAGCUGCCAUUAUGUCUGAAAUCAUAACAGCAGUUUUCAAAGCGACUAUUGGAUGGCUUGUGAAUAAAUGCAGAGAUGAGGCAGCAAAAAAGCUUAAAGAAGGCGACAUAACAGAUCAACAGUUUCGCGGCAUCAUCAUGCGAGAAAUCGAUGACGUGAGGUCCAAGCUGGAUGGAUUAUCAAGGAAAGAUUUGUUAUCCAGUAUUACCUCCUUUAAAGAAGGAGUCGAGUUGCUGUAUGAAGUAUUUGAAGAUACAAGGUCGAGGUGUGAGUAUGGCGCGGAUGCAGCACAAGCGGCUUGUGCGGAAGCUGUGUCGCUCACUGAAGGAAUGAAACACUUGGAGCUUACUAAAUCUGCUAAAAGAAAGCUCGCCGAUGCAAAGAAGAGAUUCGAACGUGCUGGUGGAAAAGCAACGGAUGCCUUUUGUAAUGAAGCGCUAUCACCAAAUGACCGCAUCUUAUCAAUGCAGUACCGUGUGAUAGCAACAGUAUUAGAAAAAAUAGACUAUCCCGAGGAUGUUUUAGCACCAUGUAAAGUGUGUAUUGAAGAGCUAAACAGUCUGCCAGUGGUUCAGCAAAGUCUUCGAGAACAGCUCAAGACAGGUUUCAGGGCAGUGAAGAGUUUAUUUAACAAAGAAGAACGACGCAAAGUUAUUUCCGGGGUCUGUCUUGUCAAUCGUGUCGCCUUCAAUGUCAUACGAACAGUACCCGUUAAAGAACUAUUCCCAAAAUGGCUCAUGAUUGAUACGGGAGAGGAGAAAGUUGAUCUGCUGCGAGAUGCGAGAGUAAGAGAGAUACUUUGUAAACAGGGUAUGGAGAACUGUAGUGUACCAUGGAUACUUGAUCAUGAUGGCGAAGAGGAGCUGAGUGAUAUCGCUACCAACUCAAGCAGGCAAUAUAUUUUAGCAUACGUUGACUUCACAAUCAAGGUGUUUGACAACAGUGGCAAGUUUGUGCAAGGUUUCAGACUUCCUCCUCUUAUUGAUGACAGCGGUAAACAGCUAUCGAUUAAAACCAGCGGGGUUCGGCUAGCCACAGACAUGAAUGACAACAUUUAUGUCUUGGUCAGCGAAGAGAGUCGUGUGGGCUCAUAUUGGAUUUUCAAGUUUAACAAAACCGCUGACCAGCAUCACAAGUUUCGCGUCGAGAGAAUUAGCUUCAACUAUGGGCUGUGUAAACUGUCAGUCAGUGAUAGUGGAAAAGCGGUGGUGCUGAAGGGUGACUCGAGCAAGAAAUAUUGGAUUGUGGAUGUUUAUGAGACUAAUGGUCAUUUAGUUUGCAGUUUUGGUCAACAAAUCUUGAGUUACCCGUGCGACAUCACCACUGUAAGUGAUGGCAGAGUUAUGGUGGUGCAAGGACAGGGUCCGAGAGUUGUUCACAUAUUCAGCGAACAAGGUGAUCAUCUAAACAAGUUUUGUUUGCAAAGGCCUUUAUUCUCCCCAAAAAUUGUAUUUCACAGGGAAAGUCAACAGGUCGCCGUGGUCAAUACUAAGAGUUUUUCAGACAAAUUGUACAUAGAAAUAUACACCAAAGAUGGUGAAUUUUUGCGAAGUAUUUCUAUCCAUAUGGGAAAGCCAUUGUUUUCUCCGCGAGAGAUUGCAGUGACCACUGAGGGAUGCAUUGCGGUAGUAACCCGGUCUUCAAGCAAAGUAAUCGUCAUUUAAAAAACGCACUGAUUUUCCCUUCUUACUUUCACGUUUAGUUUUACCAACUAAUUAUUAUGAACGAUAAAUUGGUGCUUUGCAUCAAUAAUCAUGUAAUUAACAUAAUAAGUACAAUGCCUUUAUUUUUCCCAUGGCAUGAUGAAACUUGAGACUUGAGUUUCAUGCCCAAAAUAAAAGCUUUUAUGGCCUCAAUUUAUUAACAAAUGCGAUGCAGUUGAAUUUUCUUGGAAAAUAAGUAUUGCAUCAUUGAUCAUAUAGGGACUUUAUUGGUGGCUCCAAGCUUACGCUAGAGAUAUGAUGCUUAUUUGCAAACGAGCCUUGUGGUCCUCACUUCUUUAAAUGUAUUAAUACAAUUGCACAUUGUAACUGCCAUAUAUCUCCUUUUACUGGGAGGAAAAAUUUUUGUUUAUGUCCGUGGCAAGGUGACACGAUCUGACACAGCAAUAAGCUGAGAUAUUGUUUAUUCUCAUUACCUGUUUACUGGAUAAUGUAUGGAUAUUGUAAGAAGAAGUUGAAUGUGAUUCUACUUUGUGAGUGAAAGGGGUUGAUAUCCAGUCUCCCUUAAAUGCAUGUGCGUCAUUUUACAUUUUAAUCAUGGUUUUCCUGCCUUUCGAUGAUUUUAACAUUAGCCGUUGUCCGUCUGUUAAGCAUAAUGCGUGGACAGUUACUGCUGUGAUAGGCCUAAUGUUUGCUUAAGUAGUUUUGAACACUUGUGCUUUUCUUGUCGAAUGUUCCAUUAAUCAAAUUUAGUAUUUCAUUUAGCUGUUGUUUCCUGCGCGACAAUUUUUAAACAAGACCAAUUUCUGCUGUGAACUUUGUCGCGUGACAAAAUCAAAUGGUGAAAAAUUAGUAUGAUGAUCCUUGGAG